GGCCAACUCAGACCCAGACUGCUGGGUCAAGGCGAUGGCAUUCUCGGAUCUGCUUGUCCAUACCGGCAAGCGAGCAACAGGAGCACGACACCACCGUCACACACAACAGGGUUGCUGAGCACUUCGCCGUCAUGGUGCCUUGGAUCUUCGCUGUCAACUGUGGCAUCUUCCUCGCCAGCGUGUUCGUGGGAUGCCACGUGUUCGCGUCGCACGCCCACGACGUGUUCAACGCCCCCGCGCAGAUCGUGUCGAUUCGACUGGUAUUCAUCUUUAUCCUGACGGCGGCGUCGUUUUUCCUCCAAUUCCUAUCGACAGAAAUCAGCUCGCCCAUGUCCCCCGAAGCCAUUGUGCACGACAUGGUCGAGGAAGUCGUGACGGGGGUAGUCGAAGCCAUCAUGCUCUUGUCCUUCUUCUUCCUUCUCGUCGUGCACGUUGGAGGCUCGGACCGCGCGAUCGAGUUGUUUUCGCAGUUCCACUCGAUGCGCAACCGUGCACCGACCAUGGUCGUGUUCACCCCGCCCGCCACGAGCCCUUCCCUCCAGAGCAAGACAGGCAACGAAGAAGGAACGGAUGCCGCGGCGCAACGAGGUCCCGUCGAGUACAUGCAGUAUCGCAAAGUGAUCUUUACCUUUGUCGUCGUUCGACCGAUCGUGUCGAUCGCGAUGGUGGUCAAUCGAUACUACGACAAUUGGCAGGUACGGUUGGCGCUGGCGUCGGUGAACAUCCUCAUCACGGUUUCCGCCGUGGUCGCUAUCCUGUUAACCAUCCGCCGCCUCUUCUCCGCCAUCGACUCCCGCUUCAACGUCCUCGGCAAGUUCUUCGUCGUCAAGGGGCUUCUCCUCGUCCGGUCGUUCCAAUGGGCCGCGUACUGCUUGCUCUUCACGGACCACGACGACCUCUACAUGCUCCGCGCAUACUACACGCUCUGCUCCGUCGAGUGCCUUUUCUUCUGCGUCGUGUUCGCUGUGACGUUCCGCCCCGCCACGUUUCGUCGCAUCGAGUCGUUCCCUGGCAUGACGUUGAUGGGGGUCUGGGAUGUUGCGAUGCACCCGAUUCCUGCCCCCCGAGAUGUCGACGAUGGCCUCAAGAAUCCUGCCCGCAUGCAGUGUGUCGAAGUGUAGAUGUAGCCCUGUUUUGAAAACCACCGUCGAUGAAUCUAACUAGCAGCGACGUCAGUGCGUGAAUCCAAUUCGAUUCAACCAUGCGCCACCCGUGCCCAUGACGAGUCGAA